AUUUCAGUGAGGGAUUGUGUACAUCUCAAUGGACAACGUGUGUUAAGGCUUCUGGUGAUCCGUGUACCCCGUACUCCACCCCUGGGUGUGGGUCAUGCAUGGGUCACUAAUGCCGCAGAUCCGGGUGUAUGACAGCUGCGAGACACCUGAGAUAGGAGAGGCAGAGGCCCCCGGGGGGGUGUGAGCUGUCAGCCAUGAAAAUCCUCUUCAUAGCCUGUCUGAGAGCCAACACCGGCAACUCCACCACCGCUGACAGGAUCAAGAGUCAUCUUGAAGCCGCAGGCCAUAAGUGUGAGCUCCAAGACGCGGCUGGAUUGCAGAGCCCAUUGAUGGUAGCAAAACUGAUUUCCCAAAGGAAAUUUGAUGCUGGACUGGCUAUCCAUGUGUACAAAGCGGGAAGAUUUCUUCUUGGUAGCAGAAUACCAUUUGGGGUAAUCUUUGGUGGGACAGACAUAAAUGAAGAUGUAAGAAAUGAAGAAAAAUUCCAGCUCAUGGGGCAUGUGCUUAACAAUGCCAGAUUUGCAGUUGCAUUUACGUGCAAAAUGAAGGAAGUUGCAGCAAAACAUUGGCCCCAAGCAAUAUCUAAAAUACACAUCCAACCUCAAGGAAUUCUUACCACGCCAAAUGUUUCUUUUGAUUUAGAAGCUUUCCUUCGCAAUGCAGGGAUGACGUAUAUCCCAGGAGAAUCACACAUUUUCCUGUUAAUUUGUGGUCUCAGAAGGGUUAAAGAUCCGCUGUACCUGGUUGAGGCUUUUGCAGAGUGGCAUGAAAGGGAACCAGGUAUUUGCUUGGCUAUUAUUGGGCCAAUGGUAGACCCAUUAUUUACAGAUGAAGUCAAAGGCCAGCUUCAUAAUGUUGAUGGAGUUCACCUCAUUGAUGAAAUACCACAGGCAGACUUACAGGCUUUGAUAAAAAGGAGCUUUGCGGUGGUGAAUAGCUCAUUGUCUGAGGGGAUGUCAGCGGCCAUUCUUGAGGCUAUGGAUUUGGAAAUACCUGUGCUGGCAAGGGAUAUACUGGGGAAUGCUGCAAUAAUAUGUCAUGAAAAUACUGGUUUACUCUUUUCAACCCCCAAGGAAUUUGUCAAACUGGCUAAAAGACUGAUGAGUGAACCAGAUCUGAAAAGGAAAAUUACCAAUAAUGCGAAGAACUAUAUUCGUUCUCACCAUUCAUGGGAGCUUGAAAGGGAAACCUAUCAAAAUCUUGUUCAAAUCUGUCUGGCUGAAGAACUUUGAAGUGAAACCCCGUGGAUAUAUAUGUAUUCCAGCUUCAUAAGACUGACAGGAUAGUUUCAUAUUGUAAAUUUAUGUUUUAGAACUUUUAAAUAAGGAAUGUUUGUAAGAUUUUUACCUGAACAGUUUUUAAAAAUGUGAAAUUUUUUUUGUUUUCAUAAAAAGUGUGUUAAAAGCAGAUUCUGUUUCUGUUAAAAAUGUAAUUUGUACAUUAUUCAAUGAAGGGAAUUUUAUUUUGCGUACAGAGAGUCAUGGGUAUCAUUAAAGAAGAAUAGAGAUUUUACGGUCAUUUAAGGAAUUUUUCAAAAAUAGAAACAGGUAGCUAAUUCCUUCCACUUAGCGUGCCCCAAGCUAUUUAAAGAGGU